GACUAGGCUAGAGGUUGAGCGAGGGAUAUUUUGGUCCUUCAAUCUCAGAGUUCGUUCUGCCAUUGCUUCUUACGGUGCUCUCACAAUUAGUAAUCAUCGCCAUCGCCUUAAUCAGAUUUGUUUGGUUUGUCUCUUUUUAUCUCUUUCCGUCUAUGUAUGUAUAUGUAUAUUUACUGUUUCUGUGGAUGCUUGCGAUUCGGAGUGUGUGUUCAUAUUUAAGCGAACUGAAUUUGAGAUAUGUAAUUUUGAGGUUUUGAGCCGCCCUUGAAGAAACUUCAAUUUUCUCUUGUGUUGGUUGAAUCCACCAACUGAGAAUUCCAAAAAGGCGCGAUGGCUGGGCAUGAUAACUCGAACGGAUCUACAGAAAAGUCGACCAGUGGUAUGGAUGAUUUGCCCACUUUCAAUGCUGAGAAUAUGCAAAACAACAUGAAAGUUAUUCUUUACAGCCGCACAUUCAUGGCAAUCAUUGGUGGUGUCAUUGCCGGCAUUCUGGGACUUACUAGCUUGACAGGAUUUAUAUUUUAUUUCCUUGUCAUGGCAAUAACUUCAGUUGCACUCACGGCAAAGGCCAAGUUUUCAAUCCACUCCUACUUUGACAGCUGGAACAGAGUCUUGCUUGAUGGAUUUUUUGGCGGUCUUAUGUCAUUUGUGCUCUUCUGGACAUUUGCAUAUGACAUUGUGCAUAUAUUCUGAGGAUCCUGUGUGAGAUGAAGACCUUACGUGCACAUCAAGAAGAUGCUAGACAUUUUCAAGUUCAAUGUAGUGGUAUUCAAAGUUUGCACUCAUGACAUUUCCUUUCUUUUAAGCUUGCUGGAGAUUAUUAUCGCAGAACAAAUCACUGGUUCAAAUUUUUGAGUUGGGAGUAGUUGAGAACAUUUUGAUCUUGACCAAAGAUUUUUGUUGGGUGACUUAUAUUUUUGAGUUUAAAAGCUUGAGUAAUUGUACAAGCAGUUAACGCAAUUCAAACCACUGUUGAAUGAUAUAGAUGAGCCUAAUCUAAUUAUUCAGGUUUUAAGUUCUUGCA